UCGCUAAAAGUCUGCUGUAACUUUAGACAAGUGCAAUAUUUUUCAAUUGAAAAUUACGUUGAAUAUUAGUAAUCGGUUAUCAGCAAAGGAUGUCAGAUACAUCUGUUGCCUCACCGUCGGAUGAGUACAACAAAUUAACAUCCUACGGCUACGAGGAGCAGCUUUCUUCACCAUCUUCAUCGCUACGAUUUUCUUGUCAAAAAAAUAAUCAGGUCGGUACAGUAGUUUUAUACGGAGUGCCCAUCGUCUCGUUAAUAAUCGACUCGCAAGAACGUCUGUGCCUGGCUCAAAUAAGCAAUACGCUUCUGAAAAACUUCAGCUAUAACGAAAUCCACAACCGCAGAGUGGCAUUGGGUAUAACCUGCGUACAAUGCACUCCGGUACAGUUGGAAAUCCUCAGACGAGCCGGUGCAAUGCCAGUUUCUUCCAGACGAUGCGGAAUGAUCACAAGACGCGAAGCGGAACGACUCUGCAAAUCGUUCCUGGGAGACAAUUCGCCUCCACGAUUACCAGAAGAUUUCGCGUUCCAAGUACACCACGAGUGCGCGUGGGGGUGUCGCGGAUCUUUUCUGCCAUCGAGAUACAAUAGCUCGAGGGCGAAAUGCAUCAAAUGCUCUAUUUGCGGUCUGUUUUUCUCGCCUAAUAAAUUCAUUUUCCAUUCGCAUCGAACGUCUCCAAAUGCCAAGUACGUACAACCAGACGCCGCUAAUUUCAAUUCGUGGCGAAGACACAUGAGACUGAGUGGUGGUCCUCCUGAAGAAAUCACUCACGCUUGGGAAGACGUUAAAGCUAUGUUCAACGGCGGCACGAGAAAACGCAUGAUGAACGAUCAUCAUACCUCGGAACCUUGUAAAAAAAUAUCGCCAGUGAUUAAACCUCCGAAGGAUUCGUCAUCUCCGCCGCAUCCGUUUCCAUUACCUGUUGUAUCGAGCUCGGCUCGAGUUCCUCCUUUGCCUUUAGUUAUGGAUUACGUAUGGCAGCAUAAUGCGUUGAAAAAUAAUACAUUCGGCUCGUACACGACGUUUCCUUGGUUUUCGAGCGCUACCAAAUUGGGGUUUGGAUUGCCGUCCACGAACUCGACGUUUUUCUUCCCAAAAUACGAAACUGCAUCGAGGCUGUAUCCGUCGGCAUUUCGACCCGUAUAUCCGAGUAUACCUUCCUCUGUCAAGGAUACAGAACAGCCAGAAGACAGCGAUGAUGAAGAAGAGACUGUAGAUAUUGAAACGUGUAACGAAGAUGAUACGAAAAGUGUUUGGCAAAUACACACACCAGAUCAGGCGAGAAAAUGAACUUGAUCGUAAGUGGAUUACCAUUUAUGCUAUUGUGAGAGAUAAUCAACGCUUCGUUUUCGAUGUGUACCUGUACAUGGACUUCUUCAGCAUAAAACUGCAUAACACAUACAAACAGUUAGGUACUUACUAAUCAUAAGUAUUUUUAAAUAAUGUAGGUACCUAAAACUACUUUUUACCGAAUUGAACCGCUCAUGUCAAAAAUAAUAUGUACUUAUAGUACCUACAGCAUAGAAAAUUCGGCAAAAUAGGUAUUUAUGUACUAUCCUACUUACUUACAUACAGUUAUGCUGCGGUUUUUUCUAUUUUCAGAGUAUUGAUAAGUGUUAUCAAGAAAAUGUACCUAUUUAUUUAGAUUACAUGUAUUAAUUAUUUUUUGUAUGAUACGAAAAAAAUGUGUAAAAUAAGUAAGUAUAAGUAUUAAUAUACGAUAACUUUGUUAUGUAAUUACUUACCUGCGACCCUGCGUUUUAUGUUAUAAAUAAUUUUCGCUGUAGCCAAGCUUUUUUAGUUACCAUACAACGUAUUUCUAAAUAUACAUUUACUAUGUACCAAUACCGCGCGAUGAAAUUUUUUGUAUUUUUUUCAUAGGUUUACCUACCCCUUCGAUGUACUGCGUGUAGUUAGGUAAAAUUAGAUCACUAAAAAUCUAUACGGUUGUACGAUAAAAUAUA